UUUGAGGUUACGUUAAUCAAAACAAACUUCUAUUUACUAGUUAGCACCAGAUCUGAACGUCAAACAACUAUAUCUGAGGCGUAAUAAAUAAUGGAGCAGUUUUUCACCUUUCCUUUUGCCAUACUGGAAGUGCCGCAGAUUAAGCUGAAAAAGCCGUCAUGGCUAAAGCAACCCUCAUUGAUGUUGGUGUUUUCUCUAGUGCUUUUUUCAUACUUCUUAGUAACCGGAGGAAUCAUUUACGAUGUUAUCGUAGAGCCGCCAGGCGUUGGAUCCACCACAGAUGAGCAUGGGCAUCAAAGACCUGUGGCUUUUAUGCCCUACAGGGUCAAUGGCCAGUAUAUCAUGGAAGGCUUGGCUUCCAGUUUCCUAUUUUCCAUGGGAGGUCUGGGGUUUAUUAUUCUAGAUAACGUCCACAGCUCAACUAUGCCCAAACUAAACAGAGUACUGAUGACAUCCAUUGGCUACAUAUGUGUCCUAGUUUCGUUCUGCACAACAUGGGUAUUUAUGAAAAUGAAGCUUCCUGGGUAUUUGCAGAAUUAACUCAAUCUUAUUAGCAUGAAAAGAAGGUAAUUGAUCUUAAACCUCUAAAAGUUUUUAUAACAGAAUAAAUAAUGAAUUAAACCAUUA